AUGGAAAAAAAUAAUAAAAAAAAGAGGAGUGAUGGUAAGAGAUCUUGUCUUCUCCAAAGUAUGAACCGCACUUUUCACUUUUCAUCCAACCCUGAACCUCUCUUCUGUUCUCCGUCGAUUAGUUGAAGACUUCCCACUUCAAUUUUCACGUCCAAUUUCUUAAAUGGAAACGAAAAAUUGGUGGUGUUGAGGUGCUAAUUAGAGGUCAAUUUGCAAAUGGCUACAUCUGCUAAUUCCAGUAAGAGCGGGAACUGGAAGCGAAAAGAAUUGUGGUUUCUUGUGAUUUAUGCAAUCGUUUUCUAUGUUAUUAUCAUCAACCGUUCACUUCAACUCUCUCGCGAUUAUCACAAACAGCUGUCAGGUUUACGCCCGGGUUGGCUCUUAGCUAAUCACCUCAAUGAUGUUUCAGAUGCUCAGUGGAAGAAUUUUAGAGGGAAUGUACCUGUUCUUACUCUCGUCUUUGGAAUUUUCACUCUUCUUGCCUACUUGAUGAAAGCUUCCUUUGACUUAAGAGUUAGAGGAAUGUCCAUUGUGUGGCUUUUGUUUUCUUUGGCCUACUUGUCAUAUCUUCAUGGAGCAUGCAUUGUUUUUAUCCUAUCAAUAGCUACUGGUAAUUUUAUUCUUGUAAAGAUAUUUGCACAGAAGGAGUACUUUCCACUUAUAGUUUGGAGUUACAACAUAUUGUUUCUUCUCUGUAAUCGGAUUUACGAAGGAUAUUCAUUCUCUAUAUUUGGGCAACAAUGGGCAUUUUUGGAAAAUUACCGAGGCAGCUUUAGGUGGCACAUAUGCUUCAAUUUUGUUGUUUUGCGCAUGAUAAGCUUCGGAUUUGAUUAUCACUGGACUAAUCGAGAGUCUCAUUUUGAUGAGGAGAAGCAUUAUCAACGUUGUCAUAUUUGUAAAUCCGGAAAAUCAUGCUAUCAAGUUUUACAGGAGAGAAGUCUGCACAGUGACAGGUUUGGAUAUAUCACAUACCUUUCUUAUUUGGUAUAUGCACCCCUUUAUAUCGCUGGUCCAAUACUGAGCUUCAAUGCUUUUGCCUCACAGUUAGAUGUUCCUCAAAACGCUAUUUCGGUUAGAAAGGUGACACUUUAUGGUUUCCGCUGGAUGUUGAGUAUGAUUCUCAUGGAAUUAAUGACUCAUCUAUGCUACUAUAACGCUUUUGCUAAGAGUGAUUUGUGGAAGCACUUAUCGCCUAUGGACGUGUUCAUCAUUGGAUAUGGUGUAUUAAACUUCAUGUGGCUAAAAUUCUUAUUGAUCUGGCGCUUUUUCCGAUUUUGGUCACUGAUAAAUGGAAUUGAGGCUCCGGAAAACAUGCCAAAAUGCAUUAAUAACUGCCACAACUUGGAAGGCUUCUGGAAAAAUUGGCAUGCUUCCUUCAACAAGUGGCUUGUGAGGUAUAUUUACAUUCCUCUUGGUGGAUCUAAGAAAAAGCUACUAAAUGUGUGGGUUAUAUUCACAUUUGUUGCAAUCUGGCAUGAUUUAGAGUGGAAGCUUCUUUCAUGGGCAUGGUUGACCUGUUUAUUCUUCAUCCCUGAGUUGGUUUUUAAAUCAGCAGGAAAAGCCUUUCAGGCUCAAAGUUCUUUUGGAGUAUGCAUAUUUCGUGAACUCAGUGCUGUUGCUGGGGCAGUCACAAUUACGUGCCUCAUGGUGGCUAAUCUGGUUGGGUUUGUGGUUGGACCGGGAGGCAUUAACUGGCUGCUUUCUUCUUUCCUUCAGAAGGAAGGUUUGCCAGUCCUUGGUGGCAUGCUUGUGACAUUUUACGUUGGAACAAAGAUUAUGUUCCACAUUGACGAGGCUAAGCAAAGGUUGUCCUGAACUGGGGACAAUUACUUUUGACCAUGUGAAAAUAUUCAAAUUCAUUUUCAGUGUCAGGAGUUCCAAAUGUGCUUGACUUGGAGGUGUCUGCGGGUGCCUUUCUUUUUAUGAAAGAUUUCCUGAUGUAUUGUACAUUAAAUUGGGAGCCAUACCUUCGAAUGUUUUACACCAUAUAGUCUUAGAAUGCGGAAAAAUGAAGAAAAUCUGUUGAUUUUGAUACCUUAUUACAUCGGUUUGUGCUUUA